AUGGCCAGCGAAGCCAAUAAGACAACCGAGGCCGCGAGCGACCUCAACCCAAACGGCUUCAUCACUGACCGCAAGGUCGACGGCGAGCGACGUUCCAUCCGUCACUAUAAUGAGGGCCGAGUAUCUGGGCGUGGUAGGAGUGUUGAGGCUAGUCUCCGAACAAAGAUGCACAAAAACUUCAUAGGGACCGGAGGUCGCGCCAGGCCUCCCACUUCCCAUCCCAGGGACGUGUCUGGCCGAUCUACUCCAGCUGCUGCGUCGGAUCCAGCUGAGGUUGCCAAUAUCACUGCCGCCAUGGCCAAGCUCACUGUUGACCAUCCCACUAGCCUCAAGGUAAAGAGACUCAGCAAGAAGUUGAACCUCGAUGCCGAUCCGGGGAUUGAGACUGUCACUCUGCGAAAGGUCACUUCUUCAUCUGUAGCUAGUAUGGCCUCCUCUACGCGCAGCACGGGCACCAACAGUUCCGUCAUUGCUAGGAUUGCGGAUAUUGAAGAUCGAGUAAGGAAGCACAUCAAGACACAGCUCCACCGUAUAAAGGAGGAAGAUGAGUAG